UCUCUCUCACACACACUCACACGCACGCAAAAGGCAGCUACUCCUGCAAUGGAACACCUAAACAGUCCGCAGGAAGAUGAGCUCGAGCUCAGCCUCCAGCUAACCCUCCACACGCCGGCCACGGCGCCGGAGCCCGGCGGCUUCUUCAUCUGCGUCUACUGCGACCGCAAGUUCCGUAGCUCGCAGGCGCUCGGCGGUCACCAGAAUGCGCACAAGCACGAGCGCAGUCUCGCCAAGCGCAGGCGGGAGAUCGCCGCCGCCACGCGCGCGCACAGGGCGGUGCUGAACGGCAAGUCGCCCGGCAGCGGCAGCGGUGAUAACUUCUUGUCGGCCGCGGGGAAGGCGAGGAGGACGGAGGCGCGGAACGGUGCUUCUGCUACUCUGGUGCCUCAUGGCAUGCCUCGCAAGCGCGGCAGGAGUUCGUCGGAGCACGGCUACGGAACCCUCGACGGCGCUGACGAGUUGGACCUGUCUCUCAGGUUAUGAUGGCUAUACUGAUUCGUUUCUCGAUUGCGCAUGUACCUUAAUUUACAUAAUUGCAUUAUCAUCCUCUAAGCUAGUUCUCUGGGUAUGUCGAGGCCUCCUCUUGUUUGUUUGAAGCUCGUGUUUGUGGGAAUCAUCGAACUGUUCCCCUUCUAGUUGCGCUUGUCUGAUCGACGGGAAUUCAUUGGCUAGAAAGACAGUUUAGUGAUUUACAUUUAAAGAUUUGUGUAUCUUUGCUCUAAUUUGCUUAUAUGGUCUUCCAUUCAAGAGGUUCAAUAUUUUGGGAAGAUCCCUCAAGUGGUACUCAAAUUGUGCAUAUUCCA